AGUUUACUUCCGCAAUGUCCACACGUGUUUGGAAAUGUAUACACACAGUUAGGUAGAGAGAAAUACCUAGAAGAUAUUUCCAAAAUGGUUAAAUCUUCGCACCACCAGUCUGAGAAUGACUUCAGAUUUCAGACUUUUGCAGAACGAAUUGCUGCAGUUAACAUUGAUGUCAUUCACAAAAUUAGACACCAUGAUGAUGAUGUUGAGGACCAAUCCACAUAUUUUGGGGAAGCACUACUCAGUUGGAGUGACAUGAACUGUACAGAACACUUCAACAAUUUUCAGCAAGAAAUAUCAGAGAAAGUUCACACCUUCCCACAGCUAGUCCACAAUGAGGAAUCCAUUGUUGAAGCUCUGAAGAAACAUUUGCUGGUUCCAAACACAAUGGCAUAUGAACCGCUACUAGACCUUGUGGUGCAGCUGGCGCGAGAUCUCCAGGCUGACUUCUACAAGCACUUCCAUGACUUGUUCCACAUCCUGGUCCAGCUGCUCAACUCCAUCAGCAAGGAUGUGGAUGUCCUGGAGAAACUCUUCACCUGCCUCGCCUACCUCUUCAAGUUUCUCUGGCGGUACCUGGCGAAGGACAUCAAGGAGGUUUAUGGGCUGUUCUCGGCCCUGCUUGCUGCACACUACAAGGAAUACAUCAGGAAGUUCGCCGCAGAGAGUUUCGCGUUUCUUAUGAGAAAGGUGAAAGAUCACAGCGGUUUCCUGGAUUUCCUGUUUUCUACACUUGAGGAACACCCUGAUACAGCCGAAGGGGUCGGCCAGCUGCUGUUUGAAAUGAUGAAAGGAGUGAAGAAACAAUUCCACAGCACAACAGAAAAGAUUUUCCCAGUCAUUCUGUCAAAGCUAGGGCCAAUGGAAAAGUCUGAUUCCGCCAACAAAUUACCAUGGCAACUGGUGGAAAAGUCCCUCAUCCAGCUGAUGAAGUCCUGUGCUGAACACACCAACAGAGAUCACAUCGCCCCGUUGUGGAGUGUCCUACUGGACUGCCUUGCACACCUUCAGAAAGAGUGUGUCAAGGUGAAAGGUCAAAAGCAGAAGGUGAAGGCUGAGCAAUUGUGUCGGCUGCUGCGUGUGACGUCUGUCUGGCUUGACCACCACCAGGGGGCGCUUGUCUGUGAUGCAUCACGAGUAGCAGAGGUUUUGACUGUGCUACUGAAGACGUCUGUCCAGCCGGAGUGUGUUGGUCAGCCCCUGCUAACUGCCGUAUCAAGUAUCCUGGUCAAUCUGAGUGACCGCUUGACUAUGGGAGUCACAGCCAAGAUCCUUGCACAGGUUUACAUCCGGAAGUUUCCUGUGAAGGAUCUGAGUGUGUUCACCAAGUCGUUGUAUGACCUCUUCAUGUUUGACAAGGACGUCUUGCCCAACCUGCUCAGUUACAUCCAGACCCACAUCGGAUGUGAAGGGUCAGAGGUGAAGGACACGCUGCUGGCUCUGGUCACAGACCUGGUGCUACACAAGGUCAAGGCUCCUGUGGAUGGUUCUCACUUGUCGGGAUUCAAACCAGUCACACUGGAUUUCGGGGCUGUAGGGAAAAGUCGUAAGAAGCUGUGUUUCCAGGAGUACUUGUUGUCCGUGCUGGAGACAAGUCUUGAUGAGACGUCGGACACCAGCUCACUGGCCAAGUUGUGGGCUGCACACGUCUGUCUGCCACACUGCAGACCAGUGGACCGAGAUGCUGCUGUGGAGAAGAUGAGGAUGGUGUGGUCAAUGCUGCUGAAGAGAGAGGCUGCCGAAGAUGAUGACUCCGCCUGCAGUAAUAAUUUCCUUUUUGUCAUGGAACAAGUUAUAAUGACAAUGAUACUCAUGAAUGAAGACUCACAGAUUUAUACUUGGCUCUCGUGGGAAGACUUGAAGACUCUACUCAGGAAACACCCAAACAAUGGGAAUGUUCUCAAAAUGGCCAACUUGUAUUUGAGUCAAUGUGCCCUUGACCUUCGGGAUGACAUUGUGUCACAGGAAUGUCUGUUGGAGUUACUUCCCUUGCUACAAGUCAAUCUGGCAUCAUGGUCAAGUCAAGUGCGUCUCCUCUCGCUGCACACCCUCUCACUGUUUCCAGUAGAUUUGCCUCCUGUUGAAGAAAAGGAGACAGAGCAGUUGGGAGUGUUUGACAUCUGUCAGGCUGCGGAGAGAGUGGACAUCAACGUCUACAACUACAGGGACAGGCUCCGACAUCUGCAGAAGCUGGAUUACAAGCUUGUUCAGACAAACAUCCCCAUUGGGCCUUUUGAAAAGGUGCCCCUGUACUACCUGCUGGGCAGUCUGUACGUCAACUUCAAGCUGAUGUGGGAGCCAGUCCGGGAGUUGGUCAAGAGUUACGCCGUGGGAAUGGAGCAGGAUGUCUUCUGGUCAGUCAUGGGUGACCAGCUCAAAAUUGCAGCAGAGCGAGCAGAGAAAGACAGUGCAGCGGUAUCUAGUCAGUCAGUCACAGGGGAUGUCAGUAUGACAGGUGAUGUGACAGCUGUGAGUGAAAUAUACACCAGUUGCCAUAGACACCAGAGUAACAGCACUGGUGCGGCGCCAGACCACGUCAACAUGAGGCUGCAGCUGUGGCGGGCGAUGGAACUGUUCCCAGACAAGUGCGAGGCCAGGGGGAAGCUGGUUGUGCCCAUCUUCUUAAAGUUUCUUAGUGAGGAGUACCAUAGGCGAGACAUGAACUCUGCCCCGACAGAAGACAUCUCCAUCCAACAUGGCCACGCUGACCAGUCAGAGUUUGAAGAUGAGGAUGAGGAGGAUGAGCCGAAAGAUGAACCUUCCGACCAACCAAGGGGCAAAUAUUCCAAGAAGAAGAAAAAGAGACGGAAGGGGAUUAUUCCAUCACUGCUGGCACACUUGCAUGUUUUCUCCAAGUUCAAAAGUCCCAAGUCCCUCCAUAAAGACCAGGAACUGAGGAAGAUCUACCAGGAGCUGCUCCACCACAAGGAUCUGUCUGUACAGAAAGCUGCCUUCAGUUGUGUUCUCACCUACAACCACAAGUACCUCAACCCAUACAGAGAGAACUUUUCACGUCUGCUCGAUGACAAGACAUUUAAGGAGGAAAUAAUAGCAUUCAGCAUCGACCCCGACAACACGCAGAUCAAAUCGGAACACCGACAGAACAUCCUGCCUGUGCUUAUGGGGGUCCUGUAUGGGAGGAUGCAGAGCCGUAUCGGCAAGGAGACCACAGGGAAGGCCAAGAGUAAUGUUCGACGUGCUGUAGUGUUCCGCUUCCUGGCUGGGUGCAGCACAACAGAACUCAAGGUCUUCCUUGACCUCGUGUUCCAACCCUUACUCAACUUUGUACAGGAUGACCCCGUGGCCAUGAUAAGGAAGGUGUCGGAGACCCUAGAUGUAGAGAGCAUAUUUCCCCUGAGGAGAAUGAGAGGAGUGCUACACACAGUGAUGGUUGUGAUCGGGAAGCUGCGCCACCUACUGGAUGACUUCCUGCCAUCACUCCUGCGGAUCCUGCUGGGGCUGGCCGCCACCUGCAACUCCUGUCUUGAGCUGCGCGACCAGCUGCGGCCUGGUGCUGUCACUGCUCUCAAGACCAUCCGGCAGACGGUCAAACUAGCAGUGCUGGAGUUCUUUGAGGAGUUUGAGAAGUAUGCCUUCAGUGGUCGGGAGGUCGAGGCCGUGUUUGAGGCAGUUGUCUCCCCACAGCUGGACAGACUGGUCACUGAGGGGGUCUACUCUGCCACGCCCCUGCUCAAGCUGUUCAGUGUGUGGACCAGACACAUCAGAUAUUUCCAUCUGCUGGCAAUGCCAACCAAAGAAGCACCAGAGUUAACUCCCCUGUCAGCUGUGUUUUCACUUCUCAACGCUAAAGGAUGUACUUCAAAAGUGUCCAGCCUCAUUCUGGAGAUGGUGGACAAUCUUCUCUCCUUGGAGGAGAGUGAAGAAGGGGAGAUAAUGCUAAAGAACCUCUCAGAGGUUGACAGGGAAAACUUUAUGUCGUGCAAACAAGCUGGCAGCGAGUGUGGAGUUGGUCUGCUCCGCCCCUUCAUCCCUGAUGUGCUGGUGUUUCUCAAGAAGUCCGUACAGUCCUUGGGUUCUGCUCUCUCCAACAGGAAGCAAGGCUUUGUCACCGAACUCAAGAUGCUAGCCAAAGUGAGCUGCCACGUGACGUCCGAUGACCAGUGCACACUCCUCUGCUCCAUGCUUCUCCCCUUCCUGGACCAGAAGGUCAAGCGGACCAUGGAUGUUGAAGAGAAUGUCCUCCACAGUAUUGUCAAUCUGACCAAGGUGCUUCAGUCUCCCAGGGAAUUCUACAGACCGGUGGCCAAACUGUUCUCUGUCCUGUGUAACCGACAGUCCAGGAGCCAGCUGUGUACAAUACUCAAGACAAUUGGGGAGAAGUGCCCGGAGUACAGAGAUAUAUCCCUGGUUGUUGAGAAGCUGAACGCCUGGAACCCACGCCGGGCAGAGGAACCCAACUAUGAUGUACGUCUGGAGGCCUUCAACAAGUUCAACGACACAGUCCGCGGGAUGACCAGUAUCGAUGUCAACGCUCUCAUCCCUGUCAUGCACAACUGUUGUCACUUCAUCCUCAAGGUGGAAGAUAUGUCUCUACGGGACAACUCAACAUUUUGUUUGGUAACCAUCGUUACACAACUGACGAAGACAGACUUCAAUCAAGAUGUGUUUCGUGAAGUGGUCACUCAGGGAGUGCUGCCUAUGGUCAAGUCAGGACUCUAUGACAAGUCAGAGAAUGUGAGACAUGAGUUUCUCACUCUGCUGGGGGUCUUGGUGCGAUCGUUUCCGGACCACCCCACCUUCGAGGGUCUCAUCGGUCUCAGUGAUAAAGAGAUUGAUUACGACUUCUACGAGAAUAUCAAACAUAUCCAGAUCCACAGGCGGGUGAAGGCGAUGCGGAAACUGACAACCUUCCUAGAGACAACCACUCUUCGACGUGAACACCUGACCUCCUACUUCCUGCCGCUGACCUCCAUGGUUGUCCUUGACCCUGCCUACCUCAAGAUCCAAGGUCUGAAAGAGGCAGCCAUUGACCUCAUAGCUGUCUUGUGUAAACUGUUACCAUGGCCACAGUAUCUACAGCAACUCCGCUUCUACCUGUCUCUCCUACCAAAGAAACUUGAAAAUCAGAAACUACUUGUCAGGGUUGUGGUUGCCGUAUUGAACUCGUUCCACUUCGACAUCAGCAAGAGUGAGCUGUUCACCAGCACUGCCCCCAAACUAGUGGAAGCAGCAGGGAUGAAGACAGAUGAGACGGACGACCGCGACCACGACCGCGACCGCGACCACAGCACAGAGGAGGCUGACAAACCAGGAACUGACUCUGUAGAUGCAGCAGCAGCACCAGUUGCCAUGGAGACAGCAGAGAGUUCUCCUGUUGACCAGGAGGAGGCUCAGUUUACCAGUGAUGGGAGACAACUCUGUUCAGCUAAACAGGCCACCAAAAUCCAUACCUAUGUUCUGAAGAUUCUCAUUCCAGAACUUCAUAAACUUCUCACUCAGAAGAUCAACCGGGAGGAGGAACACAAGUCUGUGAGGUCGAAGUUUGCAGAUGACCAUGAGAUUCUGCGGGUGCCGAUCGCCCUGGCCAUGAUCAAGCUGCUGCAGACACUGCCUCGAGGGGCACUCCGACACAAGCUGCCAGGCAUAUUGAUGAAGGUGUGCAGCUUCUUGAAGUCACGAUCCCGUGAAGUUAGAGAGACAUCCCGUGACACCCUCGUCCGUAUCAGUCAAUCGCUAGGUCUGCGCUACUUCAACUUCAUUGUGAAGGAAAUGAGAGAAGCUCUCACAAGAGGCUAUCAGCUCCAUGUCCUGGGAUUCUCCGUCAACAGACUCCUCAUCAACAUCCAGCCUCAACUCAACCCGGGUGACCUUGACCCUGCUCUACAUAACCUCUCAGAGGUGUUCAAGGAGGAGUUGUUCGGCACAGUAGCGGAGGAGAAGGGUGUUGAGGGCAUCACCAAAAAACUCAUGGAAGCCAAGGAGACAAAGAGCUAUGAUUCGUACGAGAUUGUAGCCAAGUAUGUCGGGGUCGGAUCUGUCCACACCCUUAUAUCUCCCCUGAAACAGCUGCUUGAGAGCACACAUAGUCAGAAGACAUCCCAGAAGGUGGAGGAAGUGUUUCGCAGGAUGACCAGUGGUCUGAUGGAGAACACCGGACUCACCACGGAGGUGCGCAUGACCCUGCUGCAUGGACUCAUCGUGGACAACAUGGAGGAGGUGGAGGAGAAGAGGAGAGAGGAUGGAUCUGAGAUGGCGAAAGAGUCGCAGCGUGGCAAAAGACCUGAAAGUUGCCUCCUCCUGCCGUCAACUCUCCCUCGUGGAGGAGAGAAGCCAAAAAUACAUCGCAAGACCAACAUGCAUGUCAUGGUUGCAUUUGGGGCCCAGGUGUUACACAUGUGUCUGAAGAGGUCGCACCUGCUGCCCCCCAACUACGAGCACCGGCAGCUGCUGGACCCCCUGGUGGAGCCCCUCUGCCGCUGCCUCUACUCCAAGCAUGUCAAGGUGAAUUCCCUGGCUCUGCGAUGCUUUUCUUUCAUGCUGAGGUUCCCUCUGCCUGCGCUGAAGAACAACAUCAGCAAGAUAUCCCAGGGGAUGUUCCUGUUGCUUAGCAACUAUGCUGCGGCUGGAGCGGCAAAGGGAGAUAACCAGGAGCUGGUCAUCAUGUGCUUCAAGGCGGUGACGGUGUUGGUGAGAGACGUGGACUUCUACCAGGUGGAAACAGAGCAGCUGCAAGUUCUACUGACUUUCUGUGAGGAGGAUCUGCUGGAUAACACCAGACAGAGCACUGGCUUCAACCUGCUCCGGGCAAUCUUGUCCCGGAAGUUGAAAGUGAAAGAGCUCCAUGACUUGAUGGAGAGAGUUCGGGAAUUGUCCAUCACCAGCUCGACCGGCCAUGUCAGACUACACUGUAGACAGGUUUUCCUGCAGUACCUGUUGGACUACCCCCAGAAGAACACCACACUCACUAAACACAUGGAGUACUAUGUGACCCAGCUGACCUAUGACCUUGAGGAGGGUCGAGUCUCAGCGCUGGAGAUGCUGGCGACAAUAUUCUCCAACUUCCCAGUGAAAGUGCUGAUCCAGUUUGCUGGCUUGUUCUUCGUGCCAAUGACGGCCAGCCUGAUGAACGACGAGUCCCAGAAGUGCCGCAAGCUGACUGCCCUGGCCAUCAAGGCCCUGCUGGAAAAGGUGGAUGCAGCUACUCGAGAUGUGCUUUUUUCUAUUGUGACCAACUGGAUGAAGGAUAAGAAGGUGAUUCAUCAGACUCUGGCAUCUCAAGUUUGUGGGUUGUUUGUGGAGGUGGAGAAGACCAACUUUGAACAUCGACUGGCGGAUGUCCUGCCUCUGAUACAACAGCAAGCUGACCCUGACAGAUACGUGGAGAAAGAAGGUGACCGGGAGUUCGAGCUGGACCACUGUCUGUACAGCCUCCUCGUCAACAUCUCCAAACUCCUGAACAACUGUCACAUCCUCCGCAACCAGAAAUACACGGAAGACAUGAACACAAUAUGGGAGCAUGUCCAGCACCACUUGCUGUACCCCCAUGCCUGGUGUCGACUGACCGCCUGCCAGCUGUUGGGUCAACUGUUCUCAGCGUGGCCACUGGAUGAUGUCCAGAGCCUUCUGGAGAGUGGUCAGUCGGAGGACUACCUGCUGACUGAUACCAGGCAGAAGAUGAGGGGACUCACUCAGUCUUUCAUCACUCAACUACAGUCCGAACAUCUCACCGAAGAUCUCAUCAACCAGAUUGUGAAGAACAUGCUGUAUGUUGGGAAAGUCAUCAAACUCCUGCCUUCCUCCGAGGAAGACCCAGCAGGCCUGGAGGAAGAGCCUGAGGAAUCUGGGGGGUCCACCAAGGCCAAGCAAGGGCUGUCAGUCAAGUGGAUCAUCAAGCGUAUGGUGCGGGAAGCUCACCAUGAGGCCAUUAACAACACCAAGGUCACUUUGAAGAGAGAGGGGAUCUUCAAGUGGCUGGCGGCGGUGUGUCUGGAACAGGACAAGUCUGGGUUACAGGACAUCCUGCGUAUUGUCAUGCCCGCGCUGCACAGGGAGAUGACAACUCAGGCCAAUGCAGACUCGAGCCUGAAGACUCUGGCCCAGGAAGUGAUGGAUCUGCUGAAGAGGCUGGUGGGAGUGGAGGCAUUCUCCCAGGUGUACGCCACAGUGCAGCAGACCAGGGCUGAGAAGCGAGCAGGGAAGAAACGCAUGAAAGCUGUUGAGGCUGUGUCGAGACCGGACGUUGCUGCCAGGAAGAAGAUAAGGAAAUACGAAGUGAGGAAAGAGUCAAGAAAGAGGAAGAUUCAAAUGAUGAAGACUGGGAAAAACCCCAAGAAGUUAAAAUUGAAGAAAAUGGCAAUUCUUGAGGACUGAACCAGAGUGUACUUAUUGUUAUGUGAGGGAGGGAGGCAACUCCAGCUGUAUGAUAUGUACAUAAACCAAGGAUAUUGUACAUAAAAUAAAUUCUCAAACAUU